AUGACGAACACUGUGAGGGAUGAUUUGGAUGCAUUAGAGCAUGCCAUGGAGACGGAAUCGGUCCUUUGUCCGAUUAAGAAAACAGAAAUUUUCGUUUGCAGAAAGAUUGGCGGGAAGGCAUCGAAAUACGAAAGCGAAUACAUACACCGCAAACUGCUAGGAAAAGGAGCAUUUGGAUUUGUUGUGGCAUGUAGUCACAUCUUGGACGGCAACGAUUAUGCCGUGAAAUGGGUACGUUUCGGGCAGGACAAUCUUUCAUUUGAGAAGGUGCAGAGUGAGGCAAAGGAGAUGUGCAAUCUCGUUCAUUCCAAUGUGGUUCGCUAUUUCUCGACUUGGUACGAGCCACCAGGUGUCCGGACAUUUUUUGGUGAGGUCGAUCUUAAAGCGGCAGUGCCUUAUCAUUAUAUCUGUAUACAAAUGGAACUAUGUGACAGGUCACUGGACGAACUGCUUAAGGACCAAAAAGAAAAUGGCAAAAAAGGAUUGGAGGGUAAAGCAUUGCCUUACUUCAUUCAGAUCUUGGAGGGGUUGAGAUACCUCCAUAGCAAAGAUGUCAUUCACGGAGAUUUAAAACUUGACAACAUACUUCUUCACGAUGAUCAGCUUAAAAUUUGUGACUUUGGGACAGCCAAACACACUAGAGAAGCAAGCUAUGUAAAGGAUAUGAAUGAUGUGGGGCUUAUAUUCUUCCAAAUGGUCAAUGGCAUAAACCAAAAGGAUCUCCUCGCUUUUAAGUACAAAAACACAUUACCUGCCACAUGGAAAGAGCAAACAGAAGGAGCAAGAAACUUAUUGUCCAUUUUGAGGGCUAUCACAGCGUUUGAAGCUUUGCAUUCAGCUAAACAGCUGAGGGAGGGAUGA